AUGGCUAAUCGCAGAGUCGUUAAGACUAGAGAAGAAGACAAAAAUCAAGAUGGCAAAAUGGAUCAGUUGCAUUUUAAACUGGAACUUCCGCUACAGCCUACAGAGCAUGUAGUUGGUGUCCAGCUGAUUCUACUCUUUUCCUACCAGCUUUACAGAAUGUCAACGCUUGUGAUGCAGAGUAUGGCUUUUCUUCAGUUUUUUUCUCCUGUGCCAGGGUCUCAGCUCUAUAUGAAUGGAGACCUGAAACUGAACCAGAGGCAAUUGCUUCACAGCUGUGGACUGGAUACCAGAUAUAAUGUGUCUGUGGUCAAUGGCACAAGUCCUUUUGCGAGCGACUAUGAUCUAACAAACAUCAUUGCAGCAUACCGGGAUAGGAAUGUGACAACAGUCUUUUCAGACCCCAGCCCUGUUUGGAUGACUGGAAGAGCACCAGAUACACCAUUUAUCAUUAAUGCCACUAUUCGUUAUCCAGUGGAAGUUAUUAAAUAUCAGCCAGGAUUUUGGGAAGUGAUUAAAUUUGCCUGGAUCCAGUAUGUCAGCAUUCUCCUUAUCUUUCUUUGGGUGUUUGGUAGGAUUAAAAUGUUUCUGUUCCAGAAUCAGGUGUUGACUACCACUCCGAUAUCACCAGUUCUGCCUGUGUCUCCAGUACUGUCCUACAAACACCACCAGUCCUGA